AUGGUAAUUGGAACAGUUGAUGAAAAAACUACAAAAGCACUCGAAAAGCGAUGGAAGCGUAAAAAUAAAACAGAAGAACAUAAGAUUAGUCAUGAUGAUGAAUACAAAAAAUGUGAAGCAAACAGACCAUACCAAUUAGUUCCAGCUACUCUAGGAGAAGAGGCUUCAAGCAGCAAUUCCUCAGAAGAAAACGCUAUUAAACCAGAAGAUAGGCUCGAUAGUCUCAAUACUCCUUCAACUUCUCAGAUGAGAAUAAAACUACCAAGUGUAGCACUGGCAUGUGACAGAACGGGUGUUUCAGAUAGGGCAUCAGCAAUUCUUGUUAGUGCAGCAUUAAAAGAUAUGGGAAUAGUUACUACAGUGGACUCAUCAAAAAUUGUCGAUCGCAGCAAAAUUCGAAGAGAAAGGGCAAAAGUUCGAGUUGACCUAAAGAGAAAAGACGAGAGAAGAAAAUAA